AUGAAUCGAUUUACAGAAUUUAAAAUCGAGAACAAAAAAUUGAAACCGAUUGCUGGUUACUGGGCCUAUCGACUUGUUUCUCUUGAGGAAGCAUUGAAGUCUUUCUCAACUUUAAUCAACGAACUUCCACGUUCAAUCAAAGAAGCCAAAAAGCAUUGCAACUAUCCAUCUGAACAUAAUCUCACCCGCGAUGAAUCAGCUGCUUUAUUAUUGUAUACCAUGGAAGCAGGCGAGUAUAGCUUCUAUCGCGAGCUCAAUGAAAUAUUGAGAAAGGAAGAUCGAAAUGAGGUAAAACCAUGGUUCGGUUAUCUCAAAUUGUUCGAUACGGCUCUCAAUAAAUUGCCGAUGGUAAAAGGAAACGUUUGGAGAGCUGUGCCUGGUAAUGUAGCACAGGGCUAUAAGAAAAAUCAAGUAUUGACAUGGUGGAGUAUUAGCUCUUGCUCAACAUCGGCAGAUGUAGUCAAAGCUUUUCUAAAGCCCAAUGAAGAGUCAACACUCUUCAUGAUUGAAGCUGUCAAUGGAAGAAACAUAUCUGGCUAUACCAUGUAUCCAGAUGAACAAGAAAUAAUAUUGGGAAUCGGCACUCAAUUGCGUGUGAAAGAUAUCGGAUUUCAACAUGGUAAUUUAUGUUUGGUACAUUUGCAAGAAAUCGAUGACAAUGAAGGUAUUCAAGAGCAAGAAUUAACAGAAGCUGUUGCCUCAGUACAUGUUACACCAAAACCACUCAAACUUAGCAGUCAACCAACAUCUAAUCCUCAUCAGCCAAGCUACGUAGCAGAUAGUGCGUCUGCUGUGCCAAAGAGUACAACGACACCAUACAAGCCAUUACCAAAACCUGGGCCUACACCAAAAUCAGGUACGCUUCUUUGA